AUGUCUGGGUUUCAGUAUGGAAACAAUCCCCAAUACCCGCCUCCACAAAAUCCAAUUUAUCCUCAAAUAUAUAAUCCUGCAAAUGCUCCACCACCAAGCCAACAGGGGCAGCCAAAUUUUACUGGGUAUCCAUCCUCGGGUCAAAACCCUCAUUACCCAUACCAACCAGGAUUUGCAUACCCAUAUCAACCAGGGCCAAAUAUUCAACCCACUUCAGUUCCAGCGGCAAUGUCUUACCCAAGUACUAUGCCAGUGUAUGGAGGAUAUGCUGGCCAACCUUCAGCACCAACACAAAACUAUGGGCCAUCAAUAGAAUGGAUCCCAACUACACCCAGGGAUGCCCCAACAUUAAGUGACAAGGCAGUUAUUGCUGGUUAUGAGGCAUAUGAUGGUAGUCCACUUUGGGUCAUCAGAGCAAGAUAUGAGGGAGAUCUAAUUCCUGGGAAACUUGCCAUCAAACAUCACGCUGCUUAUGUACCAUGGGGUGGAAAUGAAAAUGCUGUUCAGAAUAUUGAGGUGUGCUGUGCCCGUCCAGAGAGGAUUCGUUGGGUAGAAACUCGUGAUGGUUCUAUUCCUCCAAAUGCUAUUGUUGGCGGCAGUACUUCAUCUGGUGAACCAUUGUAUAUAGGCAGAGCCAAGGAACAGGGAUCUUUAACUCCUGGAAAGGUACACCCAAGUCAUAAAUCAAUGUAUAUAUCAUUUGCAGGCAAGGAGGUUGCCCACAAAGUUUAUGAAAUAUUGUGUCAAGUUUAG